AUGAGAAAACUCUUUAGCAAACCAACCUCAAACAUUCUCUUCCACCAUCAUCAUAACAAUUUAACAACAGUUAAUAAUGGUUCUAUCAUUUUGUCUGCUGCUUCAUCAUCAAAUAGUUUGAUCAGACAAUUCCAUUACGGAAGAAUUCUUUUCAAUGUUGAACAAACAACAGAGGAAGAUCAAACACAAUUCCGUUUCCUUCAAAGAGGUUUAAAGUUUGCUUCACCAAAACUUAUCAUCUUGUUAGGACCUCCAGGUUCAGGAAAAGGAACACAGUCAAGAUUUAUUACUGGAGAAAAUCCAAAUUAUCAUAUCAUUUCAGCAGGUGAUACAUUGAGAGAAGAAAGUCAAACUAAUCCACAAUUAAAGGAAUUGUUAGCUAGUGGUAAAUUGGCACCAGAAGAUGAAACAGCUAAAUAUCUCUUAAAAAAGAUGAAUAUCAUUUACAAGGAAUAUUAUGAACAAAUCUUAUUGAAGGAAAGUGAAAAUGUCACAGAACAACAAACAUCAACAACAACAACAACAACUGAACAAGAACAAUCAAGUGAGAGUACUGUUAAUACUACUACAACCACUUCUUCAUCCAGCAAUGUUGCAACAAGUUUAAAUCAAGAUAACACUCCAAUUCCUCCUAAUUUCAUUCUUGAAGGUUAUCCACGUAAUAUUACUCAAUGUAAACAAUUUUUAACUUGGUUUACUGGAGGUGAUAUCCAUUUUUCAAAACCAAAUACACUCAUUCUUCACUUGUUAGUUGAUAAGGAAUGUAUAAAGGAAAGAUUGAAAGGAAGACUUAUUCAUGAUAAAAGUGGACGUACCUAUCAUGUUGAAUUUAGAAAACCAUUAAAUACUGAAAAAGAUGAUAUUACAGGUGAUGAUCUUUCAAAGAGAGAUGAUGAUCUUAAUGAUGAAGCUAUUGUUAAUAGAAUGGAAACUUACAAAUCUCAAACAUUACCAACUUUGGAAUUGUUGAUUGAUAAUGAAUUUGAUAUUAUUGAUGUUCCUGCCAUUGAGCAAAAUAUUGAAAAGGUCAGAUCUAAAGUUACUCGUUCUUUAAUUGAAAAGGGUUUCAUUCCAAAACCUCAACCAACAGUUACUGCAACCACCACUGCAACUGUAGUUACAAAUACUCAUGCUGAGCCACAACAAACAACCACUACUACUACUACCACUUCUGAAACUAAUCAAAGUUCAUAA